GGGCGGGCGCGCGCCAUGGAGGAGGGCGGCCGCGGGAAGGCGUCGCAGCCGCCGCCUCAGCCGGCCACCCCCGGGGGCCCCGACGAGAAGGCGGGCGGCAAGGAGCGCCGGGAGCCGGGCGACAAGGACAAGGAGCAGGAGCUGUCUGAAGAAGACAAACAGCUUCAGGAUGAACUGGAGAUGCUGGUGGAGCGACUGGGGGAGAAGGACACGUCCCUGUACCGACCGGCCCUGGAGGAGUUGCGACGGCAGAUCCGCUCCUCCACAACCUCCAUGACCUCAGUGCCCAAGCCCCUGAAGUUUUUGCGCCCACAUUACGGCAAACUGAAGGAGAUCUAUGAGAACAUGGCUCCGGGCGAGAACAAGCGAUUUGCAGCAGACAUCAUCUCCGUCCUGGCCAUGACUAUGAGUGGGGAACGGGAAUGCCUCAAGUAUCGGCUAGUGGGCUCCCAGGAGGAGCUGGCGUCGUGGGGCCAUGAGUACGUCAGGCACCUGGCGGGAGAGGUGGCCAAAGAGUGGCAGGAGCUGGAUGAGGCUGAGAAGGCCCAGCGGGAACCGCUCCUGACGCUGGUGAAGGAGAUCGUCCCCUACAACAUGGCGCACAACGCGGAGCACGAGGCCUGUGACCUGCUCAUGGAGAUCGAGCAGAUGGACAUGCUUGAGAAGGAUAUCGACGAAAACGCGUACGCGAAGGUGUGCCUCUACCUCACCAGCUGCGUGAGCUACGUCCCAGAGCCCGAGAACUCGGCCCUGCUGCGCUGCGCCCUGGGCGUCUUCCGCAAGUUCAGCCGUUUCCCGGAGGCGCUGCGGUUGGCGCUGAUGCUCAACGACAUGGAGUUGGUGGAAGACAUCUUCACCUCGUGCAAGGAUGUGGUCGUGCAGAAGCAGAUGGCGUUCAUGCUGGGCCGGCACGGGGUGUUCCUGGAACUGAGUGAAGACGUGGAGGAGUACGAGGAUCUGACAGAGAUCAUGUCCAACGUGCAGCUCAACAGCAACUUCCUGGCACUAGCCCGAGAGUUGGACAUAAUGGAGCCCAAAGUGCCCGAUGACAUCUACAAAACCCAUCUGGAAAACAACCGGUUCGGGGGCAGUGGGUCUCAGGUGGACUCGGCUCGGAUGAACCUGGCCUCCUCCUUUGUCAACGGCUUCGUCAACGCGGCCUUUGGCCAGGAUAAGCUGCUCACAGACGACGGCAACAAAUGGCUGUACAAGAACAAAGACCACGGGAUGCUGAGCGCUGCUGCUUCCCUGGGCAUGAUCCUGCUGUGGGACGUGGACGGAGGCCUCACCCAGAUAGACAAGUACCUCUACUCCUCGGAAGACUACAUCAAGUCGGGGGCUCUCCUGGCCUGUGGCAUUGUGAAUUCCGGGGUGCGGAAUGAGUGCGACCCAGCCCUGGCCCUUCUCUCGGACUACGUCCUCCACAACAGCAACACCAUGCGGCUCGGUGCUAUUUUUGGGCUGGGUCUGGCCUAUGCCGGCUCCAACCGCGAGGAUGUCCUGACGCUCCUGCUACCGGUGAUGGGGGACUCCAAAUCCAGCAUGGAGGUGGCCGGGGUGACAGCCCUGGCGUGCGGGAUGAUCGCCGUGGGCUCCUGCAACGGCGACGUCACCUCCACGAUCCUCCAGACCAUCAUGGAGAAGUCGGAGACCGAGCUCAAGGACACGUACGCCCGCUGGCUCCCUCUGGGACUGGGCCUCAACCACCUCGGGAAGGGCGAGGCCAUCGAGGCAAUCCUGGCAGCGCUGGAGGUGGUGUCGGAGCCGUUCCGCAGCUUCGCCAAUACGUUGGUGGACGUGUGUGCCUACGCAGGCUCUGGGAACGUCCUGAAGGUGCAGCAGCUUCUCCACAUCUGUAGCGAGCACUUCGACUCGAAGGACAAGGAGGAGGACAAGGACAAGAAGGAGAAAAAGGACAAAGACAAGAAGGAGGCCCCUGCCGACAUGGGGGCUCAUCAGGGGGUGGCCGUGUUGGGCAUCGCGCUCAUCGCCAUGGGGGAGGAGAUUGGGGCCGAGAUGGCCCUGCGCACCUUCGGACACUUGCUCCGGUACGGGGAGCCGACCCUGAGGCGGGCCGUACCCCUGGCCCUGGCCCUGAUUUCCGUCUCCAACCCCCGGCUGAACAUCCUGGAUACCCUGAGCAAGUUCUCCCACGACGCCGACCCCGAAGUGUCCUAUAACUCCAUCUUCGCCAUGGGCAUGGUGGGCAGCGGCACCAAUAACGCCCGCCUGGCAGCCAUGCUCCGCCAGCUGGCCCAGUAUCACGCCAAGGAUCCCAAUAACCUCUUCAUGGUGCGCCUCGCCCAGGGCCUGACGCACCUGGGGAAGGGAACCCUGACGCUGUGCCCCUACCACAGCGACCGGCAGCUCAUGAGUCAGGUGGCCGUGGCCGGCCUGCUCACCGUGCUCGUCUCCUUCCUCGACGUCCGCAACAUCAUCCUAGGCAAGUCCCACUACGUGCUGUACGGGCUAGUGGCCGCCAUGCAGCCGCGCAUGCUGGUCACCUUUGACGAGGAGCUGCGGCCGUUGCCCGUGUCCGUCCGCGUGGGCCAGGCCGUGGAUGUCGUGGGCCAAGCGGGGAAGCCGAAAACCAUCACCGGCUUCCAGACUCACACGACCCCCGUGUUGCUGGCCCACGGGGAGCGGGCCGAGCUGGCCACCGAGGAGUUCUUGCCCGUCACCCCCAUCCUGGAAGGCUUCGUCAUCCUACGCAAGAACCCCAAUUACGACCUCUGAGGGGCCCCGGGGGCCGAGGACCCCGACGGCCACCCACGCCGGGGGCCUUCUCCCCUGCGUUACCGACGGCGGUGACGGUGUUAAAUAAAAGAUCCUCGUCUCCC